AGUUAAUUGUCACUUCUGGGCGGGAAACAAACCUUAGCUAUUCUCCGGGAAAUUUAAUUACGAUAAAAAUGUUUCCUCUGUUGCUUUUAGCCUACGUUGUGGCUGUAAAAGUUUUUAAAAAAGUUACACCUAAUGGCAAGCUUACAGUUUAUCUCGGUAAACGAGAUUUUAUAGAUCAUCUAGAUCGUGUGGACCCGAUUGAUGGAGUAGUUGUGGUUGAAAAUGAUUACCUUCAAGGACGAAAAGUUUAUGGCCAAGUCAUUACAACUUACCGAUAUGGUCGCGAAGAAGACGAAGUCAUGGGUGUCAAAUUCAGUAAAGAAAUGGUACUUGCCCGUGAUCAAAUAAUACCAGCAAAGAAAGAAAAAAUUGAAACAACACCAAUUCAAGACCGACUUCUUAAAAAACUUGGCCCCAAUGCCUAUCCAUUCACUUUCCACUUCCCACAAAACUCUCCAAGUUCCGUCACUCUUCAACCUGGUGACGAUGACCAAGGUAAACCUCUUGGAGUUGAAUACACUGUCAAAAUCUACGUUGGUGAGAAUGAAGACGAUAAAGGGCACAAACGUUCAUCUGUAGCUCUCGCGAUUAAAAAACUGCAGUAUGCACCAACCUCUCGUGGACGAAGACUUCCUAGCUCUCUAGUAUCUAAAGGAUUUACAUUCUCUAAUGGAAAACUCAACCUUGAAGUGACUCUUGAUAAGGAAAUCUACUAUCAUGGAGAAAAAAUUGCUGCAAAUGUUAUUAUUACUAAUAAUGCUAGAAAAGCUGUAAAAAAUAUUAAGAUGUAUGUUGUACAACACUGUGAAGUAACAAUGGUAAACACACAGUUCUCACGACAUGUAGCCAGCUUGGAAACUCGCGAGGGCUGUCCUAUUACACCUGGAGCCAAUUUCACUAAACAGUUCUACCUUGUGCCUUUGGCCAGCAGCAAUAAAGAUCGUCGUGGUAUUGCUCUUGAUGGACAUCUUAAAGAAGAUGAUGUCAAUCUAGCAUCAUCUACCAUGGUUGCCGACGGUAAAUGCCCUGCUGAAGCAAUGGGUAUUGUAAUUUCAUACUCUGUUCGGGUAAAACUCAACUGUGGUACUUUGGGUGGAGAGCUUGUUACUGAUGUUCCAUUCAAGCUAAUGCAUCCAGCACCUGGUGCAGUUGAUCGAGAGAAGGCUAUGAAGAAGACCAAGAGCAUCGACCGAACACGUUAUGAAAAUUCUUGUUAUGCAAAUGAUGAUGAUGAUAACAUUGUCUUUGAAGAUUUCGCUCGACUUCGAUUAAAUGAGCCUGAAUAAAUUCAUUGUCGUGAUAAAAUAAUUAAAAACAAAAUUGUCGGUGCUAUCUGAUUAUUCUGAAAGGGUAGAAUGAUGAAUUAAAAUAAUGUGAAUAUUUUGUUAAUUCUUGUUAAAACAGUAACAAAGAGAUAAUGAAGACUAUUGAUUGAUUUUUUCAAUCGGGGAAUUAAUUACGAAUGGUAUUAAAUGCAGAAAUUAUUUCUGCUUUUUUUAUGGUGCUUUUAGUGACAAAAAAAUUUAAGAAUCCUCUCAGAACAGUCAGAUAAAUUAGAAAAGCAUAAGGAAACAAGAAAUAUAACAACGAAAAAAACAGUUUAACUGAAUAACAAAAAUAAUAAAUAUAAUUAGUUAUAAGAAUUUGCUGCAACUAUAAAUAAAAAUUAUUAAAAAUUUAAAAAAAAA